AUGGAAAAGUUAACGUCGGAUUUAUCGCCAAUUGAUUACUCCAUAUAUCUUCAUCGUUUAAAUACAUAUGCAAUAAAUAUGUGGCCUAAAUCAGCCCCAGAGUUUGUAAAAUAUUUAGCUGAAGCAGGAUUCGUUUUCACAGGAAAAAAUGAUUUAGUGUAUUGUUUUGAAUGCAAAAUAGAACUUUCUGGUUGGUUAGAGGACCAUAAUCCAAUUCAACGUCAUAAGGAUGUUAAUUCAAAUUGUCCUUUUAUAAUUCAGCAAUCCAAAAAAAAACUGGUUAAUGAUGAUAAAAAUGAUGAUAAGCUUUACAAUCCAAAUAUGAAAUCUGAGGAUAAACGCUAUCAGUCUUUUGGAAUGUGUCCACCUGAAAAACACUGGCCAUCACCAGAAAAAUUAGCCAAAUCAGGAAUGUACUAUGAUUAUAGCAAAAAAAUGAUGGUCUGUUUUUGUUGUGGUUUCAUGGUGGAUUCAUGGGAAAGUGCUGAGCAAGAUCCUUAUGUGAAACAUAAGCGUGCUGAGUCAAGUUGCUCAUUUAUAAAACGUGUACAAAAUAAGGAUAACUUUGUUGAAGAAAAAACGACAAUUUCAAAUCCUAAUUUAAUAGAAAGAUUUCCUUCUUAUAAAACUGAAUGGACUAAACCAGCAAUACUAAUUGACUACUCCAAUGAGCAUACUCGGCUGCAAACAUUUUUUAGUUAUCCUAGAAACUCUCCAGUAUCCGCUGAUUCUUUAGUUAAGGCUGGAUUUUAUUACUUGGGUAGGAAUGAUGAAGUAAUGUGUUAUAAGUGUUCAGUUAGUUUAAAAGACUUUGAAAUUGGUGACACUGCCUGGGGUGAACAUAGGCGGCAUUCACCAGCUUGCCCACUUGUUAAAAAUUAUUUAAACUCAAAUAAUUCAAAAAAUACAUAUUCUGGAACAAGUUCUUUUUCAAACCGAGUGGUUGGUUCCGUUAAGGAGUGCAAUGAAAGUCCUAUUCAAAAUGCAAAUUUUUUAAGAAAUCUUUCUGCAGACUCAUCACUAUCCAAUUUUUCAUCAUUCGAAAGUGAAAAUCUGUUAAACACAGGGCGUAAAGCUUAUUCAGAAAGCGAUUUAAAAUCAAUACAGAAUUUAUCUCAUUCUAUAGAUUUAUCUUGUGUAAUAUGUAUGGACAAUAAUAAAGAAAUGAUAUUUUUACCGUGUGCACACCUAAUUGCAUGUAGUUCAUGUGCAAAAGGUCAAGCUUUUUGUCCAAUGUGCAGGUCUCCUAUUGUUAGUACAUUAAAAACAUAUAUGAGUUGA